CUGCAUCUGGCAACGUCGCAUCGCAGCAUCUGGCAACGUCGUAUCGCAGCAUCGGCGGUGGAUAUGGAAGCAACAGUGCUUUGAGCUGGGAUAUGGGCUGACACAUCCAUCAGGCAAGCAUCCGAGCAGCGCACAUCCAGGGCGUAGACAGAGAAGACAAAGCAGCCGCAGAACAGUUCUGAAAGGGAUGAGGAUAAGCUGGCCAUACAGACGCAGAAGCUAAAGAGGUUCACCACGAUCAGCACUAUGACUGAUGGGGACUAUGACUAUCUGAUUAAGCUCCUGGCCCUCGGAGAUUCUGGCGUAGGAAAGACCACCUUUCUUUAUAGAUACACCGACAACAAGUUCAACCCUAAAUUCAUCACAACAGUCGGCAUAGAUUUUAGGGAAAAAAGAGUGGUGUAUGGCAGCGCUGGGUCCGGGGGCACACAAGGGAAGACCUUCAAAGUACAUUUGCAACUUUGGGACACAGCCGGCCAGGAACGGUUUCGAAGUCUCACAACAGCAUUUUUUAGAGAUGCAAUGGGCUUCUUAUUAAUGUUUGAUCUUACCAGCCAACAGAGCUUUUUAAACGUCCGGAACUGGAUGAGCCAGCUUCAAGCCAAUGCGUAUUGUGAGAAUCCGGACAUCGUAUUAAUUGGCAACAAGGCAGACUUGUCAGACCAGAGAGAGGUUAAUGAAAGGCAAGCGAAGGAGCUCGCAGACAAAUACGGAAUUCCGUAUUUUGAAACCAGCGCGGCCACCGGACAGAAUGUGGAGAAAUCCGUGAACGUACUUCUAGACUUGAUCAUGAAGAGAAUGGAGCAGUGCGUGGACAAGACCCAAGUACCAGACGCCGUUAACGGAGGAAAUUCCGGAAAAUUAGAUGAAGGAAAAGCAGAAUCAAAGAAGUGUGCCUGUUAAGAAAAGAGAAUAUAUAUAUACAUAGACUAUAAUUCAACUGAAGUAUGUGAUGGCCGAUGGUGGUCUCUGGGUGGAUCGUGCUCCACGGCCAUUAUUAUUUUCAUUAAAAAAAAAAAAAAAUAACACACUAUCUCAUAAACCCCUUUCCGGAUCCCAUUGUUACAAAGCUGGUGUAUGGCAACAUCUCUCGUGAAAAAAGUGUUACACAUAUAUAUUUAUACGCAGCAGGAAUGAAAAAACUAAAAUAUGAAACUUUUGUUAGAGAAACAAAUGGUAGUGAUUGUUGUUUUAAAAAAAAAAAGAUAUAUAUUUUAUUCUGGAUCAUCUGUAGUUUCUAGGUCGGGUUUCGUAUAAAAAGUCGUUGCAGUUUCCAUUCCGAGCACGGACAGAAAGCAGGCGCUUCGCACGUUUUCUUUUUCAUGUCUCCAUAUAUUGUAUUUAAUCUACAUCUCGCUGUUUACAUUUCACGAAAGACCUACCGUUAAGAAAUGUAGCUGUCGACCAAACGUUUGUGAAUGGUUCUAAAAUGUGUGUUUUUAUGUAAAAUGCUUACCAUGAUUGUAUUGCCCAUGAGAUCGAUGGAUUUCCCACCAUUGGAAACGUAGUGUUUACCCGCUCCUGGCCUUCAGACGUAUAAUAAUUUGGUUGCACUUUCAUGGAAGUCUAUUAGAUAUUUUAAGUACACAAACGUGUGCCUUUCUUAUUGUCCCACAUGAAGGAUAACCUUGUAUCUGGGAGUGUCCCCAGGAAAAAAAAACUUACGGACACGCAAAAAAAAGAAUAAAAUCUUAUAUUGUAUGCCUUCCGCAAAUGGUAAGAGUGGAAUCCGUAAUGAGAGGAGGUCUUUUUUAACUACAUGUUGGAUUCUGGGGAGCAGGGUGUGUAAGACAUGAUAAUUGGCAAUUCUAAUGACGAGCAGAACCGUGGUCGGUAACAAGGACCACAACUCAAAACAAUAAGGUGGUCCUAUAAGAAGACCCCCAUACUACACAUCAGUGGCCAAAUAAUGGUGUAGCAUGGAAGCACUGAGUACAGAAUAACCCCACAGGAUCUCUGCCACCAGGGAUAGCAAGCAGUCUUAAGCACGCCAUUUGUGAACUGAAGCUCAGACUCGCCUUAAGGGCCAGAACCAGGCCAGUCCAGCUUAAUCGAAACGGUUGGAACUGAUGAAAUCACGUGUGUUCAAAUAAAUUAUUUGCCUAAAUUCUGGUCUGUUCGAGGCCAGGAGUUUGACAGCCCCGAUUAGCUCAAUGGACUCCGCCAGCCAAAGACCCCGCGAUAACUGACCCAUAAUUGCCUGCGUACCACAGCCUUGGCUGGUAUUUACCAAUAUUACGGUAACCAGAAAGGUAGCAUGGGGAAAUUUAGUGUUUUGAGUAAAAAAAAAAGUACAUUCAAGUUUUGUCGCUGAGUUCAUAGUAUGUUUUCCCGGCCUAAACCCCCCCAUCCCGAAAAUGUAUUUAAGGAAGAUAAUUUGACAUCUUGCCUGCCUAAUCUCCAUAGUUUUCUGGUCUUGUCCUAUAAAUUCUUGGGUGCUAAUAAAAUAACUGCAUUUGAGAUUCA